AAGUGUCGACAAAAAAGCCGUUGGAUUCCCUCCACACAUUCCCCGGUCACCUUAUCUCCUCAUAUGAUUUUUCUCUCUGCUUUCCCUCCAAACAUCCAAAAAAGAAAAAAAAAAUGAACCUAAAUUCAGAUUACCAAAAAUCAGAUAACCCAAAAUCUUGGUCUCCAUUUACUGCUCUGCUCAUUCUGUAAACAGAGGAUUAGUGGCCAUUUUCUCACUUCCAAUGGCUACCAAAUUAGCCUUCACCUUAACAUCUCCAACCCCUUUUAAUCCCUCUAGUCAGAGACCCUUUGUUUCUGUUUCUUCUCCCUCCACAAGGGUUGAGUCUUUUCAGUUCAGAGGGAGGCAGCUAUGUCUCCGGCGCCGGCUUCUGGUUCUUCCCUCUAAGGCUACUGCUGACCAACGACAAGACAAGGUUGAAGACGAGGAAGUUUUUGAUGGCAAGAUCCUGCAAUAUUGUAGCAUAGACAAGAAAGGGAAGAAGUCCUUGGGUGAACUUGAACAAGACUUUCUUCAAGCUCUACAAUCAUUCUAUUACGAUGGUAAAGCUAUUAUGUCAAAUGAGGAAUUUGAUAAUCUCAAGGAAGAACUAAUGUGGGAAGGCAGCAGCGUUGUCAUGCUAAGCUCUGAUGAACAGAAGUUUUUGGAAGCUUCAAUGGCCUAUGUGUCUGGGAACCCAAUUCUGACAGACAAAGAGUAUGAUAAACUGAAGAUGAGGCUAAAGACGGAAGGGAGUGAUAUUGUAGUUGAGGGUCCCAGAUGCAGUCUCCGUACCAGAAAGGUUUAUAGUGACCUGACUGUUGACUAUUUGAAGAUGCUCCUGCUGAAUGUCCCAGCGACUGUUGUUGCCCUAGCAGCGUUCUUCUUCCUGGAUGAUGUAACUGGGUUCGAAAUCACAUAUCUUUUGGAGCUGCCAGAGCCAUACAGCUUCAUUUUCACAUGGUUUGCCGCUGUUCCAGUCAUAGUUUAUUUAGCUCAGGCACUCACCAAACUGAUUGUGAAGGAUGUUCUGAUCUUAAAGGGCCCUUGUCCAAACUGUGGUACAGAGAAUGUGUCCUUCUUUGGGACCAUACUAUCCAUUUCAAACGGCGGUGCUACCAACACCAUUAAAUGCUCAAACUGUGAAACUCCGUUGGUUUAUGAUUCAAACACGCGUUUGAUUACAUUGCCAGAAGGAAGCAAUACUUGAUUAGAAUUUGGAACUUGGGAGUACGUAUAUUAUCUACCCAACUCAAUUAUGUAGCAUAAAAAGUAAUGCAUAAAUCAGCACUUGCAUUGUGUAAGUGGUUUCUUGUGCUGAAUAAUAUACUCGAACAGUAGUUUUUUGUUCUUCUUUGGAUCUUCGAAAAUCUCAGCAGUUGAUUGUGAAUAUGAAUACAAGGAGAGAAGAUAUCAUGAUCAGAUAGUUCAGCUUUCA